GUUAACCUCUCCCUCCUCCCGUCUCUUCUCGGGCACGCAUCGCGACCCUCGCUCGUCCUUCUCUUCCUCCUCUUGUCUCCGUCCUGCGACGCUUGUGCUGCUCGUAUUUCGUGGUGGGCGAAGACAGCAUGGGGCUCUUCAGGCUGGUGACGGGUCUGCCGGGGCCAAGCGGGUUCGGAUCCGCCUCCACCGCCGAGCAGGUCACCGACGGCAUCGACGCUUCCCAUCUCACCGUCGUCAUCACCGGGGGUGCAAGCGGGAUUGGAGCAGAGACCGCGCGCGUCUUUGCUCUCCGAGGAGCCCACGUUAUCAUCGCAGGAAGGAACAUGGAAGCCGCCGAUGACGUGAAGCAGCUCAUCCUGCAGAGCUCUCCAUUGGCCAGAGUUGACAUCUUAAAGCUGGAUCUCAGCUCACUCAAGUCCGUGCGAGCCUUCGCAGGCCAAUUCCUCUCGAUGGAUCUGCCCCUCAACAUCUUAAUAAACAAUGCCGGCGUCAUGUUCUGCCCUUUCCAACUCUCGGAGGAUGGGAUAGAGCUGCAGUUCGCCACCAAUCAUCUAGGCCACUUCCUGCUGACAAAUCUUCUUCUCGAGAGGAUGAAGAGCACGGCCGAGGAGACGGGAAUCGAAGGUCGUAUUGUGAAUCUGUCAUCCAUAGCUCACUUGCUGCAUAGAUACGAAGAAGUGAUACGGUUCGAUAAGCUCAACGACAAGGAUACCUACUCGGACAAAAAGGCAUACGGGCAAUCCAAACUGGCCAACAUCUUGCAUGCUAAUGAGCUCUCCAGACGCCUGCAGGAAGACGGAGCAAAUAUAACAGUAAACUCCAUUCAUCCUGGGCUGAUCAUGACAAACCUGAUGAGACAUUCGUUUCUUCAGAUGUGGCUGCUGAAACUAUUCACGUACGUCUUCUGGAAGAAUGUGCCUCAGGGAGCAGCUACCACAUGCUAUGUUGCACUGCAUCCGAGCCUCAAGGGUGUGACCGGAAAGUACUUCAUUGACUGCAACGAGGAGAUGCCGAGUUACUGGGCCAAAGAUGAAACACUGGCGAAAAGGCUAUGGGACUUCAGCGAAAAGCUAACUCAAUCGACCAAGUAAAACAACAAUAAUGACCACCCAGGCUAAGAGAUCUCCUGCAAGAUUCACAGACCUCUCUCUCUCUCUGCUAAUAUGCUAUGGUUGUCAGGAUGCACUACUCUGAUUAGAUGUUAACUAAGCUUUCCUUUCUCCCUCCAAUAAUGUGAUGGACGAUGCAGCUCUAAUGAUAUCAUUUCCUCUACCGAUG